AUGGCGGCGCCACCAGGAGGGCUAGCCAUUUUAGUCGAUGAGAAGCGAGUGAAUGAGCUACUUCAGCAGAAAAGCGGGCUAAAAGCCUUGCUUCGGUCAACCUUCAACACUGUGCUUUUCGUUCUAUUUUUGCUCCUCUUCACCUCCUUGGCCUUGAGUGAACCCUUAUACAAGAUGCGAGCCUUUGAGGGCUAUUUGCGGAAGCGGUUUGAUUCAUCAGCAGCAAUUCCUCUAAAGGAUGUCUACUCAGUAGAGAGCUUUUGGAGAUAUCACAAUGAGUCCUUCAUGCCCGCCAUCUAUGGGCAAGAUACUGCCAAGUAUUCAUACCCUGGAGCGGUGGUGGCCACGUGGUUACAAGUAGAUGGACCAAACUAUCUCUAUGGCAUGGGAAGGGUGCGUGCCUUAAACGUGAAGCCCAAUGCAGAUUGCCGGGUGGCACAGCAGUUUCAGAGUUACUUCCCAACUUGCUACGGACCCUUCAGUCUUCAUGCAUUAGAUCGGGAGCGAUACGGCCCCGGAAAUGAUGAGGGCGUGCCUUCCUGGUCCUUUGGUGGAGAUCCUGAGGGGGAGAGUUAUACUGGAAUCCUUGCAACUUAUCCACCCGGAGGAUACAUCGAGACAUUCACUCCUGACUAUCUCACCACCAAUGCCAACUUCUACACCAUGCGGACCGACGGCUUUUUGAGUGAAAAGACCAGAGUGGUUUUCCUCGAAUUCACAAUCUACAACUUCAACUUGGGUCUUUACGGCGUGUGCCGCAUCGUCUUCGAGAUCGCUGCGGCGGGCGACUGGACCCAGACCUUUGAGAUCGAUGUGUUGAUGCAACGGAAUUUGCAACCACUGGGCUCCGGGUCAACAGAGGAUUGGCUUUUCCUCAUCUUGGAGGCAGCACUUCUGCUCUUUGUGAUCCGCUAUGUCUUGGAGGAGGCUGCAGAAUUCGUUGGCUUUGAAUCCAAGAACGGCAAGAUGCGGCUGACCAUCAAGUGGGACUACUUUUUGGAUGCCUGGAACAUCUUGGAUUGGUUUAACCUUAUAAUGAUGAUUAUCACUGUUUGCUACAAGAUUGACACCUGGGCGAAAGCAGGAGCACUUUACGUGAUCUCUCCAGCUGAUUGGAAUGCUGUCACGCGCGACAUGUAUUCCAAUUUUCAUGGAGUAUCAUCAAACAUACGUCAAGUGCACAGCCUGGUGGCCUUCAACACCAUUUUGACGUGGUUCAAGGCAGUGAAAUACAUCAACAUCAUUCCCUAUGUGACAACCUUCAUGCAGACUGUCUCCAUAUCGCAGGUCAACCUUGGAUCUUGGAUCGUGGUCUUUUGUUGCACUCUCACUGGCUUCGUAUUGGCUUUUAGUACUGCCUUUGGCGCGGAUGUGUCCGCUCUUCGUACUCCUUUUCAGGCCUUUGUUUUCAUCAUGCUGACGAUCCUGGGGAACAGCGACGUUUCGGUGAUCUAUGAAGUGGCUCCAUUUCUGGGUUCCUUAUUGAUCAUCAUUUAUGUGGUGGGCAUUUUCUUCGUGAUCAUGAACCUGUUCUAUGCCAUUAUUGUCAGCACCCUGUCGGAUGCAAAGAUGGAAGAGGAUGCCAAGCAGAAGAAGAAAUGGGCCGUGAUGGGAGAUCGUAUCAACGACACCUGGAAGGCCCUGAACCGCGGUGGGAAGCUGGAAAAGCAGUUCCGGAGCUGUUUCCCAGGCCUAUACUCACGUCUCAUGAGGAGACAGAAGCGGAUUGAGUUGAAGGAGAAGGCGCGAGAUGAUAUGGUGCUUGCUAAAGAGAUGAAGUUACGAAGGGAAGAUAUGAGUUUGGCCUUGGGUCCUGGCAGCAGUGCAUGGGGCCGCCGCCCCAAGCGUCAACUGGCCACGGUGGCCAUGGAGGACAAGGAGUCUGACAGCGAUGCCUCAGAGCCCGAUCUCGGUCCACUUCGAUCAUCUGACCAGCUGCGCGAGAAGGAAGACAAUCUCUUUGCACCGGUGAUGGAUGAUGAGCCUACUGAGCAGGACCUCACAGACGAGGGAAUCGAUUUGGUCAUCGAUGCUACACGCCAUGUGGCUUUUGGCGUGGUGGAGCGAACCAAGGGCGCUCGGGGUGUGCUCUUCGGAGAGAUGUCCGAGUCCAUGGAUGUCUUGAACAAUGUGGCCACAGUGCUGGAGGUCCUUGGGAAACGCACUCGCGACCUCGAAGCCCAACAGCGACAGAUUCUGAGGAGGAGGCCCACUGAAUUGUUCAUAGUCUUGGACUGCUCUCGGAAUUGCGAUUCUUGCGGAGUCUGGCAGGUUUGGGGCUUGGAAGAGAUCCACCGAUGGCAACCGCCCGAAGCGACAGCUGUGCUGAAGCGGUUGGCACGUCAGAGCCGCUGGGACCUGGCGCUGGAGGUUCUGCAACUCAUGCUGGACAAGCGUCUCGAAGUGAACACCAUCCAUUACAACACCAUGCUGGCAGCCAGUCGAAGGGACUGGGAAGUGGGACUGCUGCUUCUGGGUCAAAUGCCCUCGAAGAAGUUGCGGCCCACAACAGUAAGCUUCAACUCCAUCAUGGGGGCAGCCAACUGGCAACAAGUUCUGGAACUGUUAACCACCAUGCAAAAUAUAGAGCUCAGGCCAAGCCAAGUGUCCUACAACACCGCCAUGUCAGCAUGUGCUGGUCAGGAUGCUUGGGAAAAAGCACUCAUGGUGUUCGAUCAGUUGGAUUUUCGAGAUCAGAUCAGCUACAGCACAACCAUCACGGCCUGUGAACGGGGGAAUUCCUGGCAAGGAGCGCUUGAUCUUCUUGGAACUAUGAGUCUUCAGCAGCUGAUACCCGACGUGAUUACCUUCAGUGCAGCGAUCAGUGCUGCAGGCAUCCAGUGGCCAGUAGUCAUUGAGCUCUUGGAGAGCUCCAUUCAGUUGCGAGUGACCCCCAAUCAAAUCUCUUAUUCAGCAAGUAUCAGUGCUUGUGAGAAAGGUCACCAGUGGAUCACAGCAUUGGACUUGCUCUCAUGCAUGUUUCGAGAAGACGUGACGCCGAACGAGAUUAGCUUCAGUGCUGCAAUCAGCAGCUGCGAAAAGGCUAGCCGGUGGCCAAUUGCCUGCAGCCUGCUUGCCUCAAUGUCAACCUUGCGGUUGCAAGUGGAUGCCAUCAGCUACAAUCCAGUCAUUGUUGCCUCAGCAAACGGAUGCGAAUGGGAGCUUGCUCUUAGCUUGUUCAGUGAAAUGCCAGCAAAACUCUUGGCCCCCGAUGCUUUCAGCUAUACAGCUGUCACUACAGCUUGUGCACGCACCAGUCAGUGGCAAAUUGCACUGGCUCUUUGGAGGUCUGGAAAAGUGAAAGCGAGCGAGAUCACUUGGAAUUCGGUCAUUAGUGCCUGCGAGAAAGGGGGUCAGUGGGAGUUGGCCCUUUUUCUCUUUGGUCAGACAGACCUGCAUGCGCAAGAAAGCACAUUUGGCACUGCCAUAAGCGCUUGCUCCAGGGCUGCCCUUUGGCAGGAGGCAUUGACUUUGUUAAGCCAAUGUCAACGUCAGCAUUUGUUGCCCAGUGUUGUGAGCUUUUGCACAGCAAUGAGUGCAUGCGAAGGAGUUGCUCCAUGGCAACAAUCUUUACAGCUCUUUUGUUGGAUGUGGAGAGAUCGUGUUUCUCCAAAUCUACUGACCUACACUUCUUUAAUCAGUGCAUUUGGGAAAGCUUGGCAAUGGGAGUUCGCCCUCUCAAUCUUUCACCAGAUGCAGCGAGGGUCGCAGGUCGCAGCACCCGAUGCUGUGACCUGUUGCGCAGUGAUCGCAGCUUGUGAGCGAGACGGCCGUCGGCAUUUGGCCAUCAGGGCCAUCAGCCUUCUUGCAGACCUGGCAGAGUCACAGAUCCAGCCCUACAGAUUUUGGAGAGGAAGGACAUACAAGGACAUUGGCAUAACUUUGUAA